GAGGACUUAUUUAAAUCAUUCUGUGCCUUCGGGGCAGACAAACACAGCAGCCAAUCAGCGGCUGCCAUGCUGGAUGGCGCCAAAUUUGCCAAGAUGGCGAAGGAUUUGAAAUUAUUGGAUAAACAGUUUACCACCACUGACGUUGAUAUCAUUUUCACUAAAGUUAAACCGAAGACUGAACGCAAGAUAACGUACGCGCAGUUUGAAGAGGCCUUAAAAUUGAUGGCGGCCAAGAAAUAUCCGGGGGCCGAAGAUGGGUUGGAAAAAUUGAAGGGGGCAAUGCUGCAGGGGAAAGGGCCUGCCGUACACGGAGUUACUAAGACCGUAAAGAAUGCCACAGUUGACAGGCUAACUGAUGCUUCUAAAUUUACAGGUAUUCACAAAGAGAGAUUUGACGAUGAAGGUAAGGGUAAGGGACUUGCCGGAAGGAAAGAGGUCGUCGACGAAUCCGGUUACGUCACUGGCUACAAAGAAAAAGGU